GAGAACAGAUAGUAUAUAAAUAUCAUUCUCAGUACCAUAGAGAUCUUUUCCCUUCCAAAAUUGUGGUGUUUUAACAAAAUCAAUACUUAACGAUGAGAACUCUUCAAGCGUCCACCUCAUACAGUGUUAGCUUUGGGAUUUCAUCUUUAGCCACUUUUCCUAAGCCUUCUACUCGUAGCCACCUCACCGUAGCCAAAAUGGAACCAUCAGAGAAAUCUGUUGAAAUCAUGAGGAAAUUCUCGGAGCAGUAUGCUCGUAGGUCAGAAACAUAUUUCUGCAGUGACAAAGGCGUCACUUCUGUGGUCAUCAAGGGAUUGGCAGAGCACAAGGAUACAUUAGGUGCGCCACUCUGCCCCUGCAGGCAUUAUGAUGACAAAGCCGCAGAAGCUCAGCAGGGCUUCUGGAAUUGUCCAUGUGUACCAAUGAGAGAGAGGAAGGAGUGUCACUGCAUGCUUUUUCUGACCCCUGAUAAUGAUUUUGCUGGAGAAGAACAGACAAUUACUAUGGAGGAGAUUAAGGAAACAACAGCAAACAUGUGAUGCUCCAACAUCUUAUACUUGCUGUGAACGUUACGUUUUUGUUGUACAUGUAUAUUUGAGUAGUAGAUGAAGAGCAACAUAUCAAAGUUCUGAUGUGACAUGUUGCUGAAACCCCCAUCCAGUAUAUUGUUGAGGAUUCUGAUCUUGUCAAAUGAGCUUGGAUGGGUGAAUGCCAGUGCAAUUUAUGCUAACUGUCGUGUGAUGCAUCUUGAUUGUAUGAGUUGUAAUAGGGAAUUCUGGGUGGCUUCAGCUAAUGCAUUUCCUAAUUUCCAAAA